CAACGGAAGGUAGAAGAAGAAGAAGAACACGUGAUUCGCGCUAACUGGAAGUAAGAUGGCGGUGGUAGUGCGGAGCUUGCAAGACCAGCUCGAAAAAGCCAAGGAAAGCUUGAAAAAUGUGGACGAUAAUAUUCGUAAAUUAACGGGGCGUGAUCCCAAUGAAUCAAGACCGGGUCAGAUCCGUCGGCUCGGCGGCCCCAUGGCAGGCCCCGGUGGAGGUAGAGGCAGAGGAAUCAACCUACUCAGGCGUAGUCUCUCAGACAUUGGAAGCGGCGGCCCCCCUGCCAAGCAGAGGGACAUUGAAGGAGCCCUGCUGAGGCUGGCCGGGGACCAGCGGGCCAGGAGAGACGUGCGUCACGACAGCGACGCCGAGGAUGAUGACGAUGUCAAAAAGCCGGCGUUGCAGUCGUCUGUAGUAGCUACCUCCAAGGAGCGAACACGCAGAGACCUCAUUCAAGAUCAAACCAUGGAUGAGAAGGGCAAACAGAGGAAUCGGCGUAUGUUUGGCCUGCUGAUGGGGACCCUGCAAAAAUUUAAACAGGAGUCCAAUGUCUCUACAGAGAAGCAAAAGCGACGUACAGAGAUUGAGCAGAAGCUCGAGGUUCAGGCUGAGGCUGAAAAAAAGAAGGUGGAGAACGAGAAGAGGGAGCUGUUUGAAGAGAGGAGAGCCAAACAGACUGAGCUGAGACUACUGGAACAGAAAGUGGAAUUAGCUCAGCUGCAAGAGGAGUGGACCAGCCACAAUAAUCGUCUGGUGAAAUACAUUCGUACCAAGACCAAGCCUCAUAUCUUCUAUCUGCCUGGAAAAAUGUGCUCCGCCACACAGAAACUCCUCGAUGACUCCACCAAGAAACUAAAUGCUGUGUUUGAGGAGAGGUGCGAGGCUUUUGCCGAACACCUCAGCAAGAUGGAGUCCCGCCCCCGGCGACAGCCAAAUCGCGACCAGGACGGCAACGCGGCAGCAACAGGGAUGGACCACUCGGCGGAGGGUAAGCCAGCAGGUCAGGUAGUCAAGAUGACAGGUAACAAGGGGGGUGCAGAGAUGGAGGAGGAGGAUGAGGAAGAUGAGGAGGAGGAUAGGAAAAAGGAGAGGGAUAGAAAGGUGACAGAGAAGAACGAGGGGGGGGAGAGGGAGGAAGGGGAGAAGGAAGUGUUGAAGAAGGUGGAGGAAGAGGAGGAGGGGAUGGAGUUAAGUGAGGUGGGGAAUGAGGAGGAGGAGAAGAAGGAGGGAGAGGAGGGGGUUAAAGACAGAGAGGACAGGGGGAAGAAGGGAGAGAAGGAGGCGAGUCCAGGGUCAGAGGAGAUGGAGGUGGAGGGCGGGCCAGAGCAGGAGGACAUGAGUAAGGGAGAGGAGGGAGAAACAGACAGUAAACUGGGGCCCACAGACCUCCAAGAUGAAAAGACCCAGGACACCCAGUCCUCUGAACCAACCGUAACCAGCCAAGAAGCACCAAACACCCAGCAGCUCAGCCACACUGCAGAGGAGCCAGCCGUUAAGUCCUCUGGGCUUCUGGAGUUGGAGAAGACCCCUGGGUCUCAAACCGCCUCCACAGCGCCUGGGCAGGACUUCAUCAUCUCUGGCCUCGAGGUCCAGGACUUAACAGUCGAGAACCAGGCUGUGGAAGAGAAACCAGCGGACGAGGCACCCCCAAAACUGCCUGAUUCCCAGGAGGCGCCCAGCAUUACCCCUGCACCCUCUAAGGAGGGAGAUGAUGGUAGAAGAGGGAGGAAGAAGGAAAAGGAGCCAAGAAAGGGCCGCAGUCAUAGUAACAGCUCCUCCUCUUCCUCCUCCGGCUCCUCCUCCAGCGGAAGCUCCUCCUCUUCCUCCGGAUCCAGCCACUCCUCUUCGUCAUCAUCAUCCUCUUCAUCCUCAUCGUCCAACAGCAGCAGCCGAAGUCGCAGCCGAGACAGCAGUAAGCGCAAGAGGAGGCCGUCGGAUAGGGGCAGAAAGAAAGGAGAAGAGAGGAGUCACCGCAAGAGAGGAGGCAGUAGCGGAGGAGAAGAGAGGAGUCACCGCAAGAGAGGAGGGAGUGGCGGAGGAGGCAGGGACUCGAAGGAGAGGAGGAAGAGGAGGAGCGAGGAAGGAAGGGGCAGGUCGUCCCGGAGCGACAGGGAGCAUAAAGAUAGAGACAGGAAGGACAAGAGACGCUAACCUGGUUCUCAUUCAGCCUCUGUAUGGUAACGCUGACACACAGGAAAAAUAAAUGACCAUUUACUAAAUGACACAAGUUUUUAAACUAGCAUUUCCCCUUAAAACAUUAUUUUUCACAUAAAGGCGUAUUGAAGUUUUAACAGGAGGAUUUUUACUCAGUGUAGGGAUUUUUUAAAUCGACUUCAAAACUGAAUUGAAACAGUGGAUGUGUGGUUAGAAUUUUCCUCCAAUGUUUUCAUUUACUUGGCACAAGAAAUGUAACUGGACUUUGAGUCACAGUGGUGCAUCUGGCAGGGCAACUCCCUUAUACUGUGUCUAACUGGACCGCUUACUAAACAGGGUUCAGACGGGCGAAACUAUUCGCGACUUCAUUUUAGUCCUGUCAUUUUAAAUCCAAAUGAUUCAUCUUCAACCUGACAUUUGGGUUUUAAAAAGGUCUUUGUGGAACUAUGAUGAAGAGAUGGUGUUGAAUGUUUGUUUACAGUUUUUCAUCAUAAUGCCAUCAGCUGGGGUAUUGAUGGUUAUGGUAGCAGUAACUGUUAACGUAUGCACGUACAUACAUAGUUGUUUAAGUUGAUGUGACAAAGCUGUUAAUCCUCAUUUAUUUCCACUAUUUGAUCAAUGUCAAGGCCCUUGUAUCUUCUUCACAUGGGUUUGUGUGUAAUUUUCUAAAAUAUUGGUCUUCGAAAAUGUUUUCCUUUUUUUUUUGUACCGACUGAUAAUCUGCUUCAAAUUAAAGGUGAGGUAUUAGUGGAAA